CAGAGAGGGAGACACAGGCUGCAUCCGUCCGUCCAUCCUCACCAUCUGCACCGUGUGAUCGCUAUCAGUGUUCUGUGCUGCGAUGUGGAUCCUGGACGUUUUGUCCCCGCUGCUCCUCCUCUCCAUCGUGUUGCCGGGCUACGGUUGCUGGGCGGCGGACAUUCCCGAGGACACCACGGCGGAGUUCGCGGUCCGACUGUACCACCAGCUUCAGGUGGCGGGGGGACAGGAUAACAUCAUCUUUUCCCCACUGAGCGUGGCUGUGGCCAUGGGCAUGGUGGAGCUGGGGGCCCGAGGGGCUUCGCUGGAGGAGAUACGACAGGCUGUUGGAUUCAGUCACCUGCUGCCAGGUGUGGAGUUUUCUUUGCUCCAGAACCUCACGGGGGGGCUGCUGGAUGAUGACGCCCACUACGUGAUCCGAUUGGCCAACAGCCUCUUCCUGCAGGAGGGCAUCACUUUCAACCCGGAGUUCCUGCACCUGAUGAGGAAGUAUUUCCGUGCUGACGUGGAAACGGUCGACUUCAGCGAAUCAGCCGCCGUGGCCGAUCAGAUCAACACCUGGGUGGAAAAUCACACAGAGAGUCAGAUCCGAGAGCUGCUGUCAGCCGAAGACUUCAGCAGCGUGACCCGUCUGACCCUGGUGAACGCCAUCUACUUCAGAGGCUCCUGGAAAAACCAGUUCAGACCGGAGAACACCAGAACCUUCUCCUUCAGCAGAGACGACGGCUCUGAAGUCCAGACACUCAUGAUGUACCAACAGGGGGACUUCUCCUACGGUGAGUUCAGCGAUGGCUCUCAGGAGGCUGGUGGUGUCUACCAGGUACUGGAGAUGCCCUAUGAAGGAGAGGACAUGUCCAUGAUGAUCGUGCUGCCUCGACAGGAGGUGCCGCUGGCCACACUGGAGCCAAUCAUCAAAGCAUCGCUGCUGGAGGAGUGGGCGAACAACGUCAAACGGCAGAAGGUGGAAGUUUACCUACCUAGGUUCAAAGUGGAGCAGAAGAUUGACCUGAGGAGCACUCUGCAGGAGCUGGGAAUAAAGAAAAUCUUCACCAGCGACGCUGAUCUCUCCGCCAUGACAGAUGGUAAAGACCUGUACAUUGGGAAGGCAGUGCAGAAGGCCUACCUGGAGGUGACUGAGGAGGGGGCUGAGGGGGCUGUGGGCUCAGGAAUGAUCGCCCUCACCAGGACUCUGGUGCUGUAUCCGCAGGUCAUGGCUGAUCACCCAUUCUUCUUUGUCAUCAGGAGUAGAAAGACAGGGUCCAUCCUCUUCAUGGGCAGGGUCAUGACCCCGGAGGUCAUCGGGCUCAAUGACAACGACUUUGACUCCAUGUAACCACGAUUGUGAUGUCACUCAAUCUCAGCCAGUCUGACGUCAUAAAUGCUACCGAUUCUCUUUCACCAUCUUCA